UUUUAAUUAACUCACCUUUAUAUUACAUUCUGAUUAAUUGCAACAUUAAUCGUUAGUUAUUCUCACUAGUUCAACUCAUUUGUUUAAGUGGUCUCACUACUUUUUCUUAAACUACUAAUUUAUUCAUCAAUUUCAUCGAUUGUUUUCCUUUGUUUCCUAUUCAAGUGGUUUUAUCAUUUUUCGGUUUUUGUUCAUUUUCUUUUAGCUUUUUACCUGUUGAGUGAAACUACUCUUGGAAAUUGUAACAAUGCCUAAAUCCAGUGUCAAAAGUAACAAUAAUCACCAUCACCAUCACCGACAUCUCACCAAUAAUCACCACCAACAACCAAAUCACACAAGUAACCAUAAUUCAAGCCUGAUCAAUAGUCCGGAUAGUUCACAACAAUGUAACAAUGGUAAUAAUAAUAAUAAUAAUACUCCACACCUUCAGAAUAAGGAUGCUUCUAAACGGUUAAAAAGGAAGUUGCGACUUCAAGAGAUGAGGUGUAAUUUAAUGUCCACCAAAAUGACAGAGUUGAAGACUGCAUUGUCCACCAAGAAGAGACAAUUACGAGUUAGUGAAAAGAAAGCAAAAGACGAGGAGAAAAAGCGUCGAGAUGAGGAGAAAAAAAUGAAAGACAUGGAGAAGGAAUUUCAUCGUUUAAGAAAAGAAAAUGAUCAGAUAAAAGAAAAUCUUACUCGAAACCAAAAUGUCAAUGCAAAAUCUUCAGUAACUGCUACCACAACACCAAUAGUGUCUCAACCUCAUCAACAACAACCUCAAGCUUCAACAUCACAUUCAAGCUCAAAUAAUAAUAAUAAUUCAUGUUCACAGUCUUCAUUUACUACAAAUCUUCUUGCAGGUACAUCAUCUGUUCCAAAUAGUAGUAAUAAGAAUAAGAACAAUAAACAGAAUAAAAGAAUGGCAGCUUUAGCUGACAAUUCCCCUCAGGUACAAGGACAAACCUCAAAAUCAUUGGCCAAUAAUGUACCAAUUCCAAUGACAAUUGGAACCAAUAACGUCGGAAAUUCAAAGAAAACCGGAACAGCAACACCUUCCAAGCCUUCAACAUCUAAAGAUUUACGUAUCAAUGAGGGUGCCUCAUGUUCUGGUAUCAAUAAUACAGCGAUAAUCUGUUCGGAUGCCUCAAAGGACAACGUGACCACCAAAAAUGAUGUUGGUUUCUUUGGUACAUCCAAAUUGGAAGACCUUUUUGAAAAUGAAUUAAUGUGUGCCAUUUGUCAUGAACUGUACAUCAAACCGGUCGCUUUAUCAUGUUCUCAUAUUUUUUGCUCCUUUUGCAUUGAACAAUGGCGUAAAAAGGCUCAUAGGUGUCCCAUUUGUCGGAAUAUGAUCUUGGACAAAUCACCUCAGAAUGUGUUAGAAAAUGUGAUUGAUAAGGUUGUUUCCACCAUGGAUGAAGACUCAAAAAAGAGGAGAUCCGAUGUGAUUAAAGAUCGGCCCAUUUCCAUUGAACCUAAUAGAUUUUCUAGAAAUGAUGGAAGUCGACGUGACCGUAUAAUUAUGAAUUUAGGAAAUGAUUGGAGAAAUUUAGCCGAGUAUGUUGAUCGGUCAGAUUCUUAUAGUGACUCGGACUCGUACAUACCAUCAUAUUCCUCAGCGCUUCCUGCCAAUGGUACUUUUCAAUCAGACUCUGAUCUUGAUUUUGACUCUGACAUGGAUCAAGAACACAUUUUCAGUCCCAUCUUUCGUCAUGAUCCCUAUGGUUAUGAUAUUGAGGAAUACGAUGAUCAAGAUACUAGUGGUUCAGAUGAUGACAAUGAAGAAUACGAGGAUAAUGAUGAUACUGAGGAUGCUGAAUAUACAACUGAUGAAAGUGAUAUUUAUGGCCUUGGUGGUGAUGGUAUUGGAGAAAAUUAUAAUUUUGAUCAUGAUUCAAGUGUUUCUUCAUGGGAGGUUGAUCAUAGUUGGCAAUCAUCUGGACAAAACUCACCCAUCAUUAUAGACAGUGAUGGGAACAGCUUUACCGAAUCCAUUGAUUACAGCAGAAAUUUUGAUAAUGAUAAUUCAAUUUACACCGUAGACCUUAGUGGCCAGGAAGAAGAAGAUGAAGAUGAUGAAGAAGAUGAGGAAGAAGAAGAAGAAGAUGAUGAUGAAGAACAAGAAUUUGAUCACGGAAUUGAAAGUGAAGAGGAAGAAGAAGAAGAGGAAGAAGAAGAGGAGGACGAAGAAGAAGAAGAAGAUGAAGAUGAUGAUGAUGAUGAUGACGAUGAAGAAGAGGAAGAUGAUGAUGAUGAUGAAAGUGGUGAUGGUAGUUUAUUAGUUCCAGCCACCGAUUCAGAUCCUGAUGAUUCUGUAAACGGAUCACCCUGGGAAUCAAUGGAUAUGACAGAAAGUGACUCAGACCUUUGAAAACACUAUUGUUAUAACCACAACACUCUAAUUUCUAUUAUUAUUAUACUAUUAUGAUCUUUAUUAUUUAGCAUAACCUAUGUAUCUAAAUUGCAAAAUUUUGUUAUUUAUCCCCUUUCUCCUUCUUUCUCUAUCACACUUUCAAAAAGUCAAACACUUUCAUUCAAACUCUUCAUAACAAAAUAAUUUCUAUCACAAAUCAUUUUUACUUUUUCUCACCAAGAAAACAAAUAUGGAAACAAAAACUAAAAUCUAUUCCGAGAAAAGUAACUCUGAUUAUCCAAACAAUUUGUCGAAUUGCAGAAUGAAAUGUUUAAUUCUUUACCUAUUUGUCUUUCCUGAUGAUUGAUAAAAUUGAUAUAAAAAAAGUAAAUUGUCUUUGCAAAGAAAAACAUUCAAAUAAUAAAACAAGAAAAUGAUUUCAAUGUA